AUGAACACCAACUUCCAGAAGCUCCAAGCGCUCCAUCGUGCCCGCCAAGACAAGGUGAACUCCAGGAUGGCGGCGGUGGACAAGGCGGAGGUUGAUUUUGAGGAGUGCGUCGCUCAGAUGCAAGUCUGGUUCGGCGAGGCUCGGGAAGAACUGAGGACUGCCCAGGGUGAGCUGGAGGAGCGCAAGCGAGAGCUCAUCCUGAAGCAGGCUGACAUUGAGAAGACCCAAGAGGCGGCGAAGGAACAGGCCGCCAAGGACGAAGCCGCCCGGUUGCAGCAGCAAGCCCUGCUGGACACCGAGGAGGAAGACCUCAUUGCCCAUGAGCAGGCGCUUGCCGCCACGCUCCGCGGCAAUGAUGAGGAGAUCGGGAAGAUUGUGGAGAAGUUGGAGCUAGAGCGGGAGGAGCUGAAGAAGAAGAUCUUGGAGCUAACGGAGGAGAGGGACACGGCCAACCGCACGCUGGUGGAUUCGCAGGUCGCCAUCUCCGACAAGGCCAAGCUGCUCUCCGAUGCCAACGACUCCAUCAACGAUUUGAAGCUGAAGCUAGAUGGCUUGGAGGGGACACUCUCGGAGGUCAGGGCCCGUGAGGAGACCCUGAACAAGGCCCUCGAGACCAAAAAGCAGUUGCAGAGUGAUGACGCUGCUGCCCAUAAGGACUAUGUGGGCAGCGUGAAUCUUUGGAUCAGCCGUCUCAUCGACGUUGCAGAGAAGCUCACCGCGCAGCUAGCCGUCAUGGACAUGCGAGAGGCCAUGUACUCCCAGGAGGCGAACGUGAGCCCCAAUGCCAGACUGACCUUGUUCUUCGAGCGCGUCCUCGACGCCCUGGAGCAGCUCUGCUCCAAUGGAGCGACCUAUCCGGCCAAUGAGUACUUUGAGAUGAAGCAUGAUAUCUUCCUGUUUGAUCUUUCUUUGUAUGUACACACCCUACGCCUAGUUGGAUAG